UAUAACUAUUAAACCACAAAUGAGAGGCUAACGGUGUGCCAGUACUGCAAGAAAGGUUCAUCAUUAGGAAGCUAAAUCAUCGUACGUUAUGGCUUCAUUAUUAAGUAAAACAUUCAAAACACCAUUCCUCCUUAAACUGUAUAUCUCCAGACUCUCUCGUGUUUGCUUCUUUAUCUCUAGUAGUAGUAGAGCCCAGGGUAGUAAAGCUGUGAGAGAAGACAUUGAAGGCAACCAAAAUGGGUUGGACAUGCCGAACGACGGUCGCCCAGUCAAGGCGGUGGACAGCGUAGGAGACACAGAGAUUAGUACCCGAAACAGAGGAGUAGCAGAUGAAGAGACCAAAGGCCCAAAUAGUAAUACAACAUCUGAUGAAGAUGAUCCUAAUAUUCAAGAUCUGAGGAGACGUGCUGGAGGCUAUGAUUUAGAUCCACAACGCUAAAUUAAUUACUCUUUGAUUCGUCUUCUUUUUUCAAAGUUGUACUGAAUGUCUGCUGUGUUCUGCUUUUACUUACCUUAAUUUCAUUAAUGUGUAUGUGCCAUUAUCUCACCCGUCACCCUAAUUGUUAAUGGCUAGUCAAAAUUUAUUAAUUUUUAACGAAUACUUAACAUGAU